AUGCGACCUCAGCCUACCGUCGGUCCGCAAUAUCCCGGACUCGUUGGUCAUCGAUAUCACUACUCUGCUGCCGAGCAUAAAUCAGAUGGUUUAGAGGAUGCUCAUGAACAGCUGAGCCAAGAACUAACGCAAAAGGUUUCGAACCUUCGAAGUUUAUCCAUCCGGAUUGGCGAUGAACUACGGGAGCAAAAUUCUCUUCUAAGUGGAAUGGCUGGCGCAUUUGAUCGAUCGGAGGGGAUUCUACGCUCGACUAUGUCUCGCGUCCUCGGCCUGGGUAAACACGGAUCUAGCGCCGGUCUCUAUUGCUAUUUACUCUGCUUUGCUGUCCUCUUUUUCUUCAUUUGUUGGCUUAUGCUUCGUUUCCGAUGGUGAUGACAAGACAGUCACUACUCAUACUUUCAUUUCUCCCGGAGUUGAGUGCUUUAUUUGUGCGUCUAACAUCCUUUAUCUUCUGUGUUUAAUCGCCGAUGCGUUCUGGGUGUACAUAUGUUCUGUCUUCCAAGAGAUUUUUCGUCCAUCCUGACGCUCAUUGCUGCACAUAGACAAUCUGUAAUCUGCGUGUGUGCGUCGCUUCUUUCUAGUCUUAUUUUUUUGCAAUGCUUUAACGUGUAAACUAUUCUAUUAGAUAAUUUAUUCGUUGAUGGUUGCACAUAUGGUGCUUUAGUUGGUUCAUAGGCAAUUUAGGCACAUGGAUGUGAAAUAGCAUCUACGAUAGACCUGCAAUUACUCAGUAACUCUACUGUGCGUUUUUAACUAAGCUAUUGCUAUUACCUCAGGUUAUGUUGUGAUGCAACCCAUGACACCACUCAUAUUUCUCACUCCGUCAAUAACCUGCUGUUCAGCU